GUCAGAGCCCACUACGCAUGCGCAGCCGCUCCACAGUACCGUACUGCACAUUGAGUCACAACAACCGACAGCCAUCCACUGUGACCGGCUGUUAGGGGGCCGGGGAUACUGUCCGAGAGAGUCCGCUGUUAGGGAGCCGGGGCCGGGGAUACUGUCUGAGAGAGUCCGCUGUUAGGGGCUCAGGGCCGGGGAUACUGUCCGAGAGAGUCCGCUGUCAGGAGGCCGGAGCCGGGGAUACUGUCCGAGAGAGUCCGCUGUUAGGGGGUCAGGGCCGGGGAUACUGUCCGAGAGAGACCGCUGUCAGGGAGCCGGGGCCGGGGAUACUGUCUGAGAGAGACCGGGGGACAGAGCCGGAGCAGCGGACACACAGCGGGGGAGGAGCCGCCCUGUGUUCUGUUAGCAGCGGAGCGGAGGGAGCAGAACAGCCCGCUGAUUUACACGGAUAACCCGGGUAAGCCUCCCGGUGUGAGGCAGUGCAGGUGUCACACCCGGGACUCACCUGUCGGCGGCUGAUGGAUCAUCUGCAGGCUGCGGACCGAUGAAAACAUUAGCUACACAGGCUACAUGUUAACAGGCUAACGCAUCAACCGGCCAGCUCAGCAGCGUUACCGGUCUGGCCGGUCCUGUUGGUGUGGACCGGUGAACUCUCACCAUGCUAUCAUCCCGGGGAACGGUACGACAUCCAACCGUCAGCUGCUAGCCGCGGAGCUAACCGUCAGCUGCUAGCCGCGGAGCUAACAUUCAGCUGCUAGCCGCGGAGCUAACAUUCAGCGGUGCCACAUCUGGCCGCAGCAGGUCUCCGUGUAGCGAGGAUGGUCGCAGUGACGCCUGCAGCUGUUCUGGAGGAGCGGCCUGUCCCCGCUGGAUGUUCCCACAGCUUCUCCCUCCCUGCCGGACUCUCAGCCUUCAUGUAAAGCCGUGAACUGUGCGUGUCGGUCCUGCAGCAGCAGCCAUGCAGGCGGCCCAGCUGCAGUACGACUUCUUCAGCGAGGAGAACGGCCCGAAGUGGAGAGGCCUGCUGGUGUCCUCACUGGAGAAGGUACUGAACCAGGUGCAUCCUAACCUGGUGUCCCAGCAGGAGGCGCUGCAGUACAUCGAGGAGCUGAUCCUGCUGCUGCUCAGCAUGCUCUGUCAGGCUCAGCCUCGCACUGUACAGGACGUGGAGGAGCGCGUGCAGAAGAGUUUUCCUCACCCGAUCGAUAAGUGGGCGAUCGCUGACGCUCAGGCCGCCAUUGAGAAGAGGAAGAGGAGGAACCCUCUGGCUCUGCCCGUCGACAAGAUCCACCCGCUGCUCAAGGAGGUGCUGGGCUAUAAGAUCGACCACCAGGUGUCUGUCUACAUGGUGGCCGUGUUGGAGUACAUCUCUGCUGACAUCCUGAAACUGGCAGGAAACUACGUCAGGAACAUCCGGCACUACGAGAUCUCACAGCAGGACAUCACCGUGGCCAUGUGUGCUGACAAGGUGCUGAUGGACAUGUUCCACCAGGACGAGGAUGACAUCAGUGGCUUCCCUCUGAUGGACGAGGAGCCGUCAGCCAAUGAGGAGCAGAGUUACUAUGAGCUGGUGCGGAGCUUGAUGUCUGAGGGCCGUCAGUACCUGAGAACUCUCAACCUGCUGAUCAAGGUGUUCAGAGAGCCCUUCAGCUGCAGCCACAGGCUCUUCUCCCAGCACGAUGUGGACAGUAUGUUCAGCCGGAUCGUAGAUAUCCAUGAGGAUGUGGACCUGUCUGUCUGUAAUCUGUCUGUCUGUAACCUGUCUGUCUGUCACCUGUCUGUCUGUCAGGAUGUGGACAGUAUCUUUAGCCGGAUCGUAGAUAUCCAUGAGGUGACGGUGAAGCUGUUGGGUCUGAUUGAGGACACGGUGGAGAUGACGGACGAAGGAAGUCCUCAUCCUCUGGUGGGGAGCUGCUUCGAGGACCUGGCAGAGGAAUUGGCCUUUGACCCCUAUGAGACGUACGCUCAGGACACCCUGCGCUCUGGUUUCCAUGAACACUUCCUGAGUCAGGUGUCCAAACCGGGAGCCGCCUUCCACCUGCAGUCCAUCUGUGAAGGUUUUAAAGAAGCUGUUCAGUACGUUCUGCCCAGACUGCUGCUCACUCCUGUUUACCACUGUCUGCACCUCUUCGAGAUCCUCAAGCAACUGGAGGAGAAGAGUGAGGACGAGGAGGACAAAGAGUGUCUGAAACAGGCCAUCACGGCUCUGCUCAACCUGCAGAGCAGCAUGGAGAGGAUCUGCUCCCGCAGCCUGGCCAAGAGGAGGCUCAGCGAGUCGGCGUGCCGUUUCUACAGCCACCAGAUGAAGGGGAAGCACCUGGCCAUCAGGAAGAUGAACGAGAUCCAGAAGAACAUCGACGGCUGGGAGGGGAAGGACAUCGGCCAGUGCUGCAACGAGUUCAUCAUGGAGGGCACGCUGACGCGCGUCGGCGCCAAACACGAGCGCCACAUCUUCCUGUUCGACGGCCUGAUGAUCUGCUGCAAGUCCAACCACGGGCCGCCGCGGCUGCCGGGCGCUGGCUCCGCCGCCGAGUACCGCCUCAAAGAGAAGUUCUUCAUGCGCAAAGUCCAGAUCAACGACAAAGAUGACAAGGAGGGCGAGUACCGCCACGCCUUUGAGAUUAUCCUGAAGGACGGCAACAGCGUGGUGUUCGCCGCCAAGUCUGCCGAGGAGAAGAGCGGCUGGAUGGCGGCGCUGAUUUCGCUACAGUACCGCAGCACACUGGAGCGCAUGCUGGACUCGGCCAUGCUGCAGGAGGACAAGGAGCAGACGGUGAGGCUGCCCGGCGCCGAGCUGUACCGCUUCGCCCAGCCCGACUCCGAGCAGAACGUCGUGUUCGAGGACAGCGUCCAAUCCAAGUCCGGGAUCCCCAUCGUCAAGGCCGGGACGGUGCUGAAGCUGAUCGAGAGACUCACCUUCCACAUGUACGCAGACCCAAACUUUGUGCGAACCUUUCUGACGACGUACCGGUCGUUCUGUAAACCUCAGGAGCUGCUGGACCUGCUCAUGGAGAGGUUUGAGAUCCCAGAGCCGCGGCCCAGUGAGGCCGAUCAGAUGGAGGGAGGAGAGCAGCCGAUCAGCGCAGAACUCAAACGCUUCCGCAAAGAGUUCGUCCAGCCGGUCCAGCUCCGAGUUCUGAACGUGUGUCGUCACUGGGUGGAGCAUCACUUCUACGACUUUGAGAGAGACGGUCACCUGCUGAGACGCCUCGAGGAGUUCAUCGCCUCCGUCAGAGGUAAAGCGAUGAGGAAGUGGGUAGAGUCGAUCACUAAGAUCAUCCAGAGGAAGAAGCAGGUUCAGGUGAGCGUGGCGAGCCACAGCAUCACCUUCCAGAACGCUCCGCCUCCCUUCGAGUGGCACAUCUGCCGACCAGGAGGCAGCGAGGCCUUCGACCUGAUGACGCUGCACCCCAUCGAGGUCGGCCGCCAGCUCACGCUGCUCGAGUCCGACUUCUACAGGGCGGUGCAGCCUUCGGAGCUGGUCGGCAGCGUCUGGACCAAAGAGGAUAAAGAGAUUCACUCUCCCAACCUGCUGAGAAUGAUCCGACACACCACCAACCUCACGCUGUGGCUCGAGAAGUGUAUCGUAGAAACCGAGAACCUGGAAGAACGAGUUGCCGUGGUGUCUCGGAUCAUCGAGAUCCUGCAGGUUUUUCAGGAACUUAACAACUUUAACGGCGUUCUGGAGGUGGUCAGCGCCAUGAACUCGUCUCCGGUCUACAGACUGGACCACACCUUCGAGCAAAUCCCGAGUCGGCAGAGAAAGAUCCUGGAGGAAGCUCACGAGCUGAGUGAAGAUCACUACAAGAAGUAUUUAGCCAAGCUGCGCUCCAUCAAUCCCCCCUGUGUUCCCUUCUUUGGAAUCUACCUGACCAACAUCCUGAAGACGGAGGAGGGGAACCCCGACUUCCUGCGCCGACACGGUAAAGAUCUGAUCAACUUCAGCAAGAGGAGGAAAGUAGCCGAGAUCACGGGAGAGAUCCAACAGUACCAGAACCAGCCGUACUGCCUCAGGGUGGAGGCAGACAUACGGAAGUUCUUUGAGAACCUGAACCCGAUGGAGGACAUGUCAGAGAAAGACUUUGCUGAUCAUCUGUUCAACAAAUCUCUGGAGAUCGAACCUCGGAACGCCCGCUCCUUACCUCGAUUCGUGAAGAGGUACACAUGUCCUCUGAAGUCUCCGGGGAUCCGUCCGACCUCGGCGAGGCCCGGGACCAUGCGUCACCCGACACCGCUGCAGAACGAGCCCAGGAAGAUCAGCUACAGCCGCAUCCCGGACAGCGAGGCGGAGGGGGGGGCUGUCUCCGCCCCCAACUCCCCCCGCACCCCGCUGACUCCACCCCCGGCCUCCGCCGCCUCCAGCUCCACGGAUGUAGGCAGCGUGUUUGACUCGCCACAGGCUCCCAGCAGCCCCUUCCACUCCACCUGCGAAAGUCUCUUCUCUGUUCCUCACGGUCCACGGUCGUCUUCGGUCUCCUCCAUGGUGAGUUUCAGUCGGGCUUCUGAGGACGUUCAGGUUCCUCCUCCUGUUCCUCCUCGCAGACGUCCAGAGUCGGCUCCCGCUGAGUCCUCGCCCUCAAAGAUGAUGUCACAGUUGGACAGCCCCCCUGCCGUCCCCCCCCGCCAGCCCACCUGUAAGCUCCUCCCCCCUCGUUACUCCUCGUCCCCCCCCGACAGCCCCCCCUCGCUGCCUCCUCGGGAACCCGUCAGCUCUCCUCUGCACCUCCUGCCCCCCCCUCAGGGCCGCCCCCCCCGCUGUGACCUGCAGGCCUUCUUCCCCUCCUCCUCCCCCCCCCCUCUGCCCCCUCCAACACCCGUCACCCCCACCCCCCCAUCCAGGAAGACAACCCUCCCUCUCCUCCCUCUGGACGGCCCCCCCGUGCCCCCCCGACACAGCGUCCCUAAACUUCCCCCCAAGACGUACAAGAGGGAGUCUCUAAGCCACGCCCCCACACUGCUGGACACGCCCCCUGCGCUGGAGGAGGCGGGGCUCUGAGCUGAUUGGACAGGCUGGAGGGGGCGGGGCUCUGAGCUGAUUGGACAGGCUGGAGGGGGCGGGGCUCUGAGCUGAUUGGACAGGCUGGAGGGGGCAAGGCUCUGAGCUGAUUGAACAGGCUGGAGGGGGCAAGGCUCUGAGCUGAUUGGACAGGCUGGAGGGGGCCAGGCUCUGAGCUGAUUGGACAGGCUGGAGGGGGCCGGGCUCUGAGCUGAUUGGACAGGCUGGAGGGGGCCGGGCUCUGAGCUGAUUGGACAACUGAUUGGAUCAGAACAGACAGAAAAAUUCUGAUCCAGUCCGGACUGAGAAAACUAAAGAUAAUGUGCUCUUAUUGUGAAAACCCAACUGCUUGUUUCCUGCAGAGCGUUGGAGAACAUUGGUGUGUGUGUGUGUGUGUGUGUGUGUCUGUCUGUCUGUGUGUCUGUGUCUGUGUCUGAGUGUCUGUGUCUGUGUCUGUGUCUGAGUGUGUGUGUGUGUGUGUGUGAGUGUGAGUGUGUGUGUGUGUGUCAGCGUGUCGAACCGCGCUGUGUGGAGCAGAGAGGAUUGUGGGAACAGAAC